AUGGACGUGGCCGGAGCCCUGCUGCCGUUCACGCAAGUCGUUCGACCAGAACUGACCAUCCACGUACAGGAGGUCCUCACGCAAGCUGACAAAGACACUGAAACUAAGCUUAAGAUACCAGAAAUUAACGAACCCGACAACAGUGAUGACGUGAUUCCAAAGAGUCCCAAAAGUGAGGCAAAAAGUGGAUGCGUGAACGGCAAGAACCCUGGCCCGGCCUGA